AUGCCAGUUGUCAAAAAACUCAUGAAACAAAUUUGUGAAAAGUACAAUAAACAAGCCAAGAGUGGUACUGAAGAAUUUAAAUUUGGUAAGAUCAAGAUUUUCUUCAAGGUUGGUGUUCUUGCUGAGAUUGAAGAGAGGAGAAGAGUCGAUGAGGAACUGCAACCAAGGACAAAGAAAUUGAAGCCCUCAAGAAGAAACUUGCUGAAGAAAUUGCAAAAUGAGAAGAGAGAAGUCGCUGAGAAGGCACUUUCUGAAAUGAAAAUCAAGAACGUCGACUUGGAAACUUUAAAACUUGAAGCUGAUAAUCAAAGACUACAAAACGAUAUUACUGAGCACAAAGCGACUAUUGCUAAGAAGGAUAGUGUUAUCACUGAGUUGAACAAAGACAUUGAAGAUAAUGAAGGCGAAAUUUCCGACUUGAAGAAGAAGCUUGAAGCCGAAGAAGACAAUUCAAAGGAUUUCGAGACACAAUUACACGUGAAGGAAGACGACAUUGCUGAUUUGGAAAAACAAGUCAAGAAGUUGCAAAACACCAUUUCUGAUGUCAACGCACAGAAUGAAGACACUGGAGCUGUUUUGAAUGAUACUAAAGACGAUAUUGCCAAUACUAAAAAUGAUUUGAAAAAGACUCAAUUGGCUCUUGAUGAUACCGAGAAGAAACUCGACCAACAAGUUGCUCAAAACAAGAAGGUUUCAGACGAGAGAAAUGGGUAUAACCAAAAAUUGAAAGCAGGGAAGACCAAGACUGCUGCUUUGACCUCGGCCAAGAAUGCAAGUGACAAGAAGAUUUCUGCUUUGAACUCAGAGAAAGACGAAUUAGAAGAUAAGAACAGAAAAUUUGAUUCUUCCAAUAAAGAUGCUCAGAGAAAAAUUGCUAAGUUGACAAAGAGAAUUGAAGAUGGACUUAAUGACUCUGAUAUGUUGAAAGCACAGAAGGCCGACUACGAAGCUCAAAUCCAAGCGUUGAAGGAUGACAUGGAGAAGACUGAAAAGUACUUGGCUGUUGCUAAAUCUAAUAUGAACCAAAAUGACGUUGAAAUUAAUAACUUGAAUGAAUAA